AUAUCACCAAGCAAUAACCAUGACUACACCAGAAAAGAGACCAAUAGAAGAGGAUAUCUCCUCCUCCUCCGACUCUAAGAAACCCCACACAGAAGUUACACCACAAACCUAUAUCAAAGGUGUUGCCGCCAUCAAGUCGGAAUUUCUCAUCUCCACUACCCCAGCACCAGCCUAUGACGAUGAUGCCGCUGAAGCCACUGCCGAACGUGACUCCGCUGCUGGCCCCGUACAAUCUAAGAAACGCCGUGGACAAAACAAGAAGCGUGACCUCAAGCAGAAAAGUGACAAUCUCAGAUUAUGUUCCAGUUUAUUGGACCCCGCCAACCCCAAAGAAUGCCGAUUUGGAGCUGAUAAAUGUAUAAAGACCCAUGAUAUUGAAUUAUACCUCAACUCGAAACCUGAGAAUAUCGAAGGUGUAUGUCCAGUUUACAAGGCCAUCGGAUACUGUCCGGCUGGUGUGAAAUGUAGAUGGUUACCUUCCCAUUACAAUUCCGAAUCCAAGACUUUACUUCGUGAUGAACAAGUGAUAGAAGCGGCCAAAAUCAACAAUUACGAAAUCAACAAGAUUGACAAUGAUGCCAAGUACCAACUCAGAAAGAAAACAUACAAGUUCACCAUCUCCGACCCAGUCAUCGCUUACUUGGACUCGCAAGUUCAAAACGACGAAAACUUGGCCAAGAUGGAAGAACGCAAGGACAACGCCGCCACCUACGUGGAAGCACCAUUCAAGAUUGCUGAAAAGAAAAAGCUCAACUUGAACAGGGCCAAGAUCGUGUCACCAUUGACCACUGUGGGUAACUUGCCAUACCGUCGUCUUAUGAAGACUCUUGGUGCUGACGUAACAUACUCGGAAAUGGCACUUGCAGUUCCAUUAAUCCAAGGUACAAACCCAGAAUGGGCAUUGCCAAAGGCCCAUUGUUCCGAAUAUCCUGGGUUCGGAGUCCAAAUUGCCGCAUCAAAACACUGGAUGGCUGCAAAAGCUGCCGAAACAAUCUACAAAGAAACUUCCAACGUGUCCGAGUUGAACUUGAACUGUGGAUGUCCUAUUGAUUUGUUAUACCGUCAAGGUCAAGGGUCAGCCUUGCUUGAUCAACCAUCGAGAUUGAUGCGUAUCUUGCGUGGUAUGAAUGCAAGUUCCGGUGAUAUCCCCGUGACAGUCAAGAUUAGAACCGGUACCAAAGAUGGAAAGAAUACCGCCAAGUCAUUAGUGGAACGUGUGUUGAAAGAAGGCGAUGUGGCUGCAAUUACCUUGCAUGGUAGAUCAAGACAACAGAGAUAUACUAGAGAAGCCGAUUGGGAGUACAUCAGUGAAGUCGGUCAAGUUGUCAAGCAAUGGAACGACAAGAAGGAAGAAGACAAGGAAUCCAGUGACACCCCACGCACAUUUUUUGUUGGUAACGGUGAUGUCUUCACUCAUUUAGACUGGCAUACUGCUGUUGACACCGAUGGUAUUGAUUCCGUUAUGGUUGCCAGAGGUGCCCUUAUCAAACCAUGGAUCUUUGAAGAAGUUGAAGCGGGCCAAUACUUGGACAAAUCCGCUAGUGAAAGAUUAGACAUUUUGAAAACAUAUGCCGAUUUCGCCAUUGAACAUUGGGGAUCCGACGAUUAUGGUGUUGGGUUAGCCAGAAGGUUCAUGUGUGAGUUCUUGAGUUUCACCCAUAGAUAUAUCCCCGUGGGGAUCUUAGAACGUCUUCCUCCAAAGAUCAACGAACGUCCUCCUAAGUGGAUGGGAAGAAACGACAUGGAAACCUUGCUUGCCAGUACCGACUAUAAGGACUGGAUCAAGAUCACCGAAUUGUUCUUGGGUAAAGCAGGUGAAGACUUUCAAUUUAUUCCUAAACACAAAAGUAACGCGUAUGAACAAGAUCGAUAGAUUUUAUACAAAACACAGAACUAUACAUAUAUAUAUUCUUUUCCACCUAUCUCUUUUUAGCAUCGCCCUUACUAGACAAUUCUUCAUAAUCAUUAGAUAAACUGUUGGCUUGGCCCUUUAAUAUGUCCAAAUCCUCUUCCUUUCCAGCCAAUUCCUUUCUCAACUUCUUGACAGUUUCAGAUUCCCCACUGUCCUUCUUGGUAGCCUUUAAAUCGUCCAACUUAUCCUUGGUAGCAAUCAAUUCUGCCACUAACGAAUAAGUUCUAAUCAAAAUCAAAUGAAGGAACAAAGUGAACCCACAAAGGUACAUAUUCCUUUGAGCAUAGAAUCUUCUAGCUUGAACUUCACCACGGUCGUUGACAACGGCAGCACCGCCGUGUUGGCCAUGAUGACCACCGGCAUGUUGUAAUUCCAUAGUUACAGCAUAGACUCUAUUUACAGAAUCAAUAAACAAUACGGCUACGAAACCCAAGACACACUUUAACGCAAUCUGGAAUUGCUCGUUGCGGAAAGGUAACGAUACCGUGGUGAGCACUUUUCUCCUAAUUGCUCGGGGGUAUGGUAACAGGAGUAUACCAAAGAACACCAUCUCGGUGACUAAAAGACCAAAAACGAUACUGUAAUAUAACGCCAUUGCAAUUGUUUGAAGAAGACGAGUAACAAUUGAUUGAUGAAUUUC